AUGCCGCCCCAGGACAGGCACCCCUGUCCCCUCGCCGACGGGGCAGCAGCUCUGGGGCCACGCAGGGACGGUGGCCCUGUGCCGGCACCGGGGGGCGAGGCCAGCCUCGGCCAUCAUCCCCGGGAGCUCCCCAGCAGCCUGGCGCAGACCUCCGGGCACGUCGCAUUGGUGUCUCUCCACGGGUCUCUUCCAGCUGCUCAUCUGGUCCCCCGGACCACGGUCUCGUCUCGUCCCCACAUCACCUUCACAGGGAGCAUCCUGGGUCCACAAGGGACCCGCCGCCCUCAGAGCCUGAUGCCACGAACGCUCGACAGCCAGAUCACGGUGGAGAAGACCCCCAGCUACUUCGUCACCAAGGAAGCGCCACGGCGGAUCUUCAACAUGUCCCGGGACACGAAGCUGAUCGUGGUGGUGAGGAACCCGGUCACCCGGGCCAUCUCGGACUACACGCAGACGCUCUCCAAGAAGCCGGACAUCCCCACCUUCGAAGGGCUGUCCUUCCGCAACCGCAGCCUGGGGCUGGUGGACACCUCCUGGAACGCCAUCCGCAUCGGGAUGUACGCCGUGCACCUGGAGAGCUGGCUCCAGUACUUCCCUCUCUCCCAGAUCCACUUUGUCAGCGGGGAGAGGCUGAUCACAGACCCAGCAGGAGAGAUGGGCAAAGUCCAGGACUUCCUGGGCAUCAAACGGGUUAUCACGGACAAGCACUUCUACUUCAACAAAACAAAAGGCUUUCCUUGCCUGAAAAAGUCGGAGAGCAGCGGCUUGCCUCGCUGCCUGGGCAAGUCCAAGGGCAGGACUCAUGUGCAGAUAGACCCCGAGGUGAUCGAGCAGCUUCGGGACUUUUAUAGACCUUAUAAUAUCAAAUUCUAUGAAACAGUCGGGCAGGACUUCAGGUGGGAAUAAGCGUCCAGGAGCAGAACUGCGGUGAUGUGAGGCUGCAGUCU